AUAGCACAACGACUUCUUGCAGCCCAAUUCCGAAUGUGCAUCUUGACCUAUAGAGCAAAUUAUUGCAAAGACAUACAGCUGCAGAUAUGCAUUUAUACGUUAACUGGUAAACGAUAUAUUAUAUUUUAUAUAUGUGCAAAUGUCUUGGAAAGAAAUCUUUACGUAUGAGCGAACCACAAAUUCAAGACGAGCGAAACAACAUUUUUGUGAGCAUGUGUUACAAAUCGACGGAAACAAAGUUUUGUCAUGGGUAUAUAUGUUGUAUCAUCCUCUAAACAGGUUUUAAAAACGGCGAAAAAAAUAAAACAGUCGCUCGUGUGAAGCCGCUUUUUCGUGGUCCAUCAAGAAUUCAUGUUCGCCUCAGCAUGGAUGCAAACGAAACUCAAGGGUUCGACAAUUGCUUGUACGCUCUUGACAAAUGGAAAAAUGUUGUAACGAAUAUGGAAAAACCGGAGAAAGCUGAAUCUAACUUACGCUCUGGCGAAGAAAAGGAGAUUAUAUUAUAUUCGGAAGAACGGAAAGAAACGUUACUUGAAAUGAGUGAGCGGUUUAAACUAGAAAACCCUCAAAAGUAUGCACAAAGACGAAACGAGCAUCUUAUUCGCCAAGAAGAGUCAUUUGGUAUUUACAGGCCUAAUCGGUUGGUAGAUUCAAUUGAAGCAAGACUGGGAAGUAUAUCUGUAAGGAAACAGGCAGAAUUGGCGAGGAGAAAAAAUAUGCCUCCGCUUCUUCAUCUUCGCGUUCAGUACUUUGAAUUCAAAAAGAAGAAACGCCACGACGACCACGGCUCCCUCAUAAGUUUGUUCGGAGACUCUGAAGACAAUAUAUCAAAAUUUGAGUACAAAGAUCAAAACGACCUAAAAGCAUUUCCAUCGCUCCUUGUACAAAAUGAUGAAAAAAAGAAAAACAAAAAAUGCAGAGUUGAGCUUAGAAUAAUGGUAGUCGGAGCAACAAAUUUACACAAAUGGAUUCACAGCCAUGACAGAAAACUCAAAUCGAGAGUUGUCUGUGCGGUGCAACCGGAUAGUGAGCUGUAUGGAUCCGGAAUGUCCACACCUUAUACAAAGCCCAAUUAUAACAACGUGACACGGUGGGGCCACAUAUUUAUCAUCCGUGGAUUUAAUGCUGACAUGCUGAUGGAGAAAAUGAUUACAUUUACAGUUGAAGCACAAACUUCUCACGGAAAGAAACGAAUUGGUUAUAUCAACGUUUCAACUCAGGGAUGUAUUCUUGGUCGCGUGAAAAAAUCAGAUGCAGACUUAUGUAACAAUGAUCCAAGAUUUUGGAAACAAUUUCUGCUCAACCCUAAUGACCCAGUGGACGUUCAUCUCCCUAUCUUUCCUUCGGAGACCUUUCGCAGUAAAAGUCCGCCCAGAUCACUCCUACAACGGCUGGCGACCAUCAGAACAAAAUCGGCCAGAAUGCCAAGCCUUCACAUGAAAACCUUCAAAAGUACCGGCGAUCUGAGUUCGACGGGUGUUAAUGAUUCAAAACAAACACUUUGAAUGUGAAGUAAAUUAGAGUUUAAAUUUCGUCAAUUGUAUUUAGAAUUUGACCGUAUGAAAAACAAUCCGCAAUAGAGCGGAUUAAGAUUGCACCUUAAAACACACAUAGAAACACAUAGAACUGGUACUAUACAAAGCGUUUUUUGCUAAUGACAAAAUUUUUGCAAAUAUCUUUAAGUGAGAAUGUCCAUAACUGUAAACGUCGAUUGGUGCAUUUGUAUGUGAGUACAAAAGUAUGAAGGCUCGGAUGUUCCAAGUACAGUGUUCGUGUGCAAAGUUAGUUAUACAGUAAUCAGUAUCGGUUUACCUUGCAAUAUAUAUAUACCGGUAUUUAACUAAACUCAGCGUUCCAAGAGUAAAUAGGCCUUUCCAACAACACGUACAUUUCCCCAUAAGCCUCUAUAUCAGGGUACAUAUGAAGACUUCCUUUGAAUGCAAACAAUUCUAUUGAAUUCUCAUUAUGUAAAUGCCAUUAUGUAUAAACCAAUGAUAUUGACGACAAGUCGCAAUGAUAAACUUACAUCACAAAG